AUGAGCGUCGCGCUGUCACCUGUCGCUCAUGGUUCCGGACAAGGAGGUAUUGCAAGCAUGAUGCACGGCAACGGCAAUGGCACCGACUCGUCCGGGUUCCCGCUGGCGGCCGACGCGACGGUUGGGGAAAUGUUGACGCUUGUCGAUGCGCUUGCGCUCAAAAUGUAUCCGAAAGGGUUCUGGCAGCUGACGUGGUCGAUGAACGCGGUCAACUUGGCGUCCUUUUUGCUGGUCACGGUGGCGCUGCGUGCGUAUCGGUCGCGGAAGAAUCCGGUGCCGUUUUGGUUGGUCCGGCUGGAGCAACGGCCGUAUCGCAUCAAGCGCAAGGUCGUGCCAUGUGUGGGUUCGUCGCCAGCACACGGGGUAGAUAUCGGGUCUAAUGCGCUGCCGACGCACAGCUCGGAUGUUUCUCCUCGAAGCACGCAUUGGAUCGUACAGAAGUGGGAGAGACUGCUCGGUCGACGCCGAAGCACCAUUUCGAUCAAUGGUGAAAAAGGUGUAGCAUCUGGACCGACACACACGAUAGAAACAACGGACGAAGAAAUGCGCAUGGGCUGGUUCAUCACUGCCUCGUGCGUCAAUUGCCACCUGCUCUUCACCAGCACCUACGUCCUCGUGCUCGCCGUCAGAACCCUACAAUCCCACACCACCCGACUUGGCACCUCACCGCCUGCGCUCCUCGAUCCCGGCGGUUUAGACUGCAUCAUGAUCGCUGCCAUCUUCUCCACCGCCUACUUCGCCGCCAUUGGCUACAUGGCGCUCCUGCUGCCCAACGUGCCUCCCUGGCUGUGGAACAGCAGCGUCGUGCUCAUCUACACGCAGGUCAUCGUCGUCGGCGGCAUGUCGACCUUGAUGAUCGCGAGCAGUGGCAGCAAGAUCACGAGUCAUCGGAGCUUCUUGCAUCUGGCGCGGGCGGUGCUGCCGAGCUUCGGCGUGGAGUUUGGCGAGCAGGGCGAGCUGGAACAGGUCGCUGGGGCGGUGUUGAUGGGCAUUGCGAGGUUGGCAUGGGCGGAGUCGAUGCGGAUGAAGAUGUGGCAGCAGCUCGCGCAGGGGCUGGUGGCGUUGGGCGGAUUUGCGUUGGCGCUGGUGUAUUUGGCAAUCUUGGUGCUCUUGGCUAGAAGGGUGGCGAAGGAGUUGGUGGAGUUGAGGAGCUCGUCCGGUCGCACGAGGUUCGAGGCGAAGCAGCAGAAGCUUGCAUCGGCUGGUUCCGCUGUGUUGACGUGGCCUCCCGUGGCUGCGCAAUUCAGUCUGGGCCCCACUGCAGCGGCAGCAGCGGCGGCGGCACAGAGUCCCACGGUCCUAAAAAGUUCAGCCAUUCUAUGCGCAGCGAGAAUGGACCUGCCUCUCCGAAUGUCGUACCUCGCCGCACGUACGCCACCCAUGACACCUGCGCCUAGUGGUCCACUUCCCCUACCACCCGUCGAGGGAGCAUCUUCCAACACCGGCGACUCGCGCAUCAGCCCUCCAACGCCGAUCGCUACAAGCAUGAGCCCCGGGACUCGUCUCCCUCUGCCUCUCUCCACCACCGAUGCUUCCGCUGUUGCUUGCGCCCGGGCGUUCAGGGCGAGGGACCCGCACCUGGGCUCGUGUGUAAGGCUGUCCAGUGGGUCGGACAAGGAAGAGGCGUUCCAGACCACGCACGACGGCUACAGCAGCCUCGACUCGCCUACGGAUACCGUGGCCGGUUCAAGGCUCGACCUGGGCCCGCGCAUCCGCGUCGACUCGGACGCAGCAGCCAACCCGUGGGACUUGGCGACACUGCACGAGGAUCUGGCGACCAACGACGGCUACACGGCCGUCUGCAGGUUUCUUUUCAAUUGCAUAAUCGACCACGUCGCUGUCAUGCUGCAGUGCUUUUUCUUCGGCUGUCGUUCUGUGUAUCUGCUGCUCGUGUUCACGAAAGACUAUCCGAACAAUGCGGCCCAGGCAAGCUCGAUGGUCAACGUGGCGCUGAUGGUCGCAUCGUCGCUCUUCUCGGUUUUGUAUGUGCUCAAUUGCUUGAACCUGUUCGCACCGUUUCUGCUGUUCCCUGCUUCGCAGGUGAAGCUGGCGAGCAUGCUAGCGAGUCUCACUCUGCCGGAUUCUGGGUUGGAGGACCAUGGUCGCAGCAGUAGCGGUAGCAGUAACAGGGGCAGGUCGAGCUGCAGAGGCGAGAGGAGAACCUCGCCGCUGGGCCAACCAUUGGGCAACAGGUCGGCGGAGGAGCAGGCGCUGAAACACCACGAUUCGCGCGCCAGCCUGGUUGCGUCUGCAAGCAAGCUGACGAGCGAAGAGUAUACGAGCGGCAACAGCAGCGGCAGGGGUGCGUGGGGUGCUAGUGUCGACGCGAGUAUUCACUCGCAUUCAUCUUUCAACAGAAAAGGUGAUCGAGAUGUUGAUUCUUUUGCAGCGAGCGGCGUGGGAUACCCUCCCAUGUCGGCGAGCCUUCCAAAUUGCCCGUCGCCAGCUGUCGGUGCAGGCAGACGGGAUCGCAGCACCGCAAGUGGUAGCGGAGCUGACGUGGGGAAGAUCGCAGCGCAUGUCGUUGCGGCUGCGGUGAAAAGGUUGCGCCCUUCGACUGCCACCACCGCCAAUGCUGCCAGCGCUGAAGGCAAUACAGCUGCCACCACCACCUUUACCGAUGGAUCGCGCUCCCACGAUCAGUACGUACCCUACGGCGCACUCAUCUCCGCGGCCCGCGUCACGCGUGCGCCGCCUUCGUCUCUGGUGCACGAAUCCAAGUCGUCAGCGCUGACUAUGCCGCCAUUCCGCUCGAAACGUCACCACACGAAACCGAACUCUGCUGCCGCGGGCUGGCGUCGUCAAGAAGCGUCCGAGUCGGGCUCCGCACGCUCCUCUUCGGUCUCGCAACGGCCGCCGACGGGCACGCAGCUGGUGCUCGACUCGCUCAUCUCCUCGCACGCGCUGCCCAUCCAAGGCUUCUACUGCCAAAGAAGCGCCAUCGACUCAUCGGCCGGGUUGCGUCUGUACCAGCAACAGCAGCAGCAGCAUUCCAGCGAUUUGGGCGAGUCCGGCGGCACGCCGAUGAAUGUCUUCGAGGAAUACGCUCAAGCACGAGAAAGAGACCGGUCUUCCCAGCGCUCACUGCCUCCGUAUCAGCAGAGGAGGGGCGCAGAGGAGGCAGAGGAGCACCUGGAGCUGUCGCAUGCCGAUGAUGCGGACGCAGGCAUGGGCGAAGCCUCGAAGCGAAGGCGGCACCGGCUGAGAAUGCAGUUCCGGUGUCAGGUGGAGCAGAGCCGGCUGUCUGCUGGGUAUCAUGGUGGAAUGCCCCGCGAACAGGCGCGAAAUGGGGAGGGUGAGGUGAGUGUACCGACGAUUGUUGCGCAUCCGCCUACGCCGCUUGGGAGGGAGUUGGCGCAGCAGGAGGAGAAGGGGAGAAACGAGACGAAGAUCUCGUUGCCACUGCAGUAUCGGGCAGCUUCGGUCGAGGGUGGUUCUGAAGGCGACGAAGUUGGGCAAGAUGGGGACAGAGAGGGUGGGGAGGACGAGGAUGCUGCUUCGGUCGUGUCGGAUACUUUUGGGUAG